UACUCUCAUCAAACUGGUUGCCUAGAAACCAGGUUUCCCGUUCGAACAAACACCAGACAGUUGGGCAUUGGACAUAACCCCCAAAAAACGGUUUGUUUUGAUCCAAGUGGGAAUCUAAAAAUAUCCAAACAGUAAUUGUGAUUUCUUUAUUCAGUUUAUCGAUGUGCGGAUUUAUAAGCUACUAAAAACAAAGAAGUUUUUCCAAUUUUUAAACCCUCUAAAAUGGAAGGGCCUGAUAAUCUUGACGAAACAAGUGAUAAGGAGGAAAAUGCGUCACUGCAAGCUGACCAGGGUGAGGAAUCCCUAUCCAAAAGUAGAUCAGUGGACGACGCCGAUGGGGCCAUAUCAGAAGCCUCCAUUAGCGAACAUAUUACGUCCAACAGUGGCAGCAUUGAAAAUGACCGUUCUUUUCAAGAAAUCGAAGUGCUCCAUCAAACAAGUGCCUUUGUCGACAUCCUUAGUUCAGAUCUUCAUAUUUCCCAAGAGCUGAAACCGAAUUCUCUAGAUUUAAGUAGCUUUGGAAGCAGCAUCACUAACGGGCUCCCAAUGAACACAGACAAUGCUCCGGCAAGACCCCAAGCUUCAAGUGAUGAGUGCGAUAAAAAUGUUAAAAGUAUCCUAGAAGAGAUUUUAAACAACUCCCAGUUUCACUCGGACUUUGACUAUUCCAAUUCCAAAGACGAUAGCUUUAACCUUUUUGCUAAUGUUAAUUUCAGCGACAAAAGCUUGCUUAAUAUUCCCAAUAACAGUAUUAAUCAUGGCCCUGAAGAAACUGAGUUGGCGCGCUUUGACCUGCCUUUGGAUCCAGAUAAUUAUUUUUCUGGAACUCCUCUUGAAAUAGAUAGAUUAAAAGAUUUAGAAGAGAUUGUGGCUGUGAAAGACUCUGCCAUAAGUGCCUUAACUCAAGAGCUGGAUUCUUUUAGGGAAAUGAGUAAUCCCACAUUUACCUCAAGUAUGGUUUCUGCUACUGAAUAUAGGCAGAUGCAAGAAGAGUGCCAUAAUAAGUUAUUGGAAUAUAACAGCGCCAUAUUGUACAAGAACGAUUUAAUCCAGCAACUAAGUGAAUCCCUUGAUCAAUCUGUGACAGAAAGGAAACAGCUGCUCAUCCAGCUGGAUAAUUUUAAGGAACAAGUCGCUCAAUUGCAAGAGAAAGUGAUUGAAACUUAUAAGAGUGUAGAAGAGCAUACAUGCGUUCCAAAAAUCCAAAAUGAAGAGAAUAAACCUGAUAGCGAAAUAUUGCUCAAAUUGCGCAACGAAGUUAUAGAUUUACAGCAAAAAAUUAUUAGCAACGAAACUGAACAUGAGGGCGAAACGUCUAGACUUCGAGGGCUUUUAGAAAGUAGCACGCAUGGUUCAAACGAGCUGAUGAAAUUGAAAGUCGAGCUUGAGGAAAAGCAUGCCAAAGAAGUAGAGGAAUUGCGCACAUAUUUUGAGAAAAAAUGCGCUGAACUGGAAAAACAUUAUUCAGAAGAAGUUUUUAGUCAACAAAGCCGCAGAAUGUCUGGUUCCAGUUCAGAGGUGGAACUGAGUGCGGAUUUUCUCUUGUCGAGCCAGCCAGGACCAGGUGGGGAUCACAACAGAAUUCUGAAGAGCAAGGAAGAUGUCGAAAAGCUGAAAGAAAAUUUGGCCAUUUUUGUGAGCAAACUUUCGAGUCAUUCAAUGGAAAAUAUCAGCGAUAAACAGCUGGCCAAUAUUGAAAUCGAAGUUAAAAACGAACUGAACACUUUGCUAAAGAUUGGCGAGAAAUUGGAGAUUAAAGCCAUAGAAAAUAAGUAUUUGGAAGAGAUAUCGAAUUUGAAGUUUCAGCUGGAGGAGAAUCCUAAACAGCCUGCAGAUAUCAGUUUUUCCACAGCAGUUCAGGAAGUGGCAAGUUCUGGUGAUUACGAGCUAAACGAAGUGGUUGAGAGCUACGAAAGACGCCUACAAGAGCAAAUUGAUUUGGCCAAAAUCGACAUAGCUAACGACUUAGCUAGUCAGCUACAGAGGCUGAUUUCUAAUGAGUCUGAAGACGAAGAUUGGCCCCCGGAACUGCUAAAGUUCCGCGAUAAAUUCACAAGUAAACAUGAAACGGAAAUAAACCACAUAAAGGAGCAGCACAAUAGUGAAAUGACCAAAUUGAAAGAAGAGCAUUUUAAAAUAUUGAAUGGGGCUCUUGAAAGGGCUCGGCGCAGGAGUUUACGAGAUGGGGAAAGUUUGAGCAAGACAGAUUUAGAGUUGCUGAAAGAAAGAGAUGGACUGAAAAAGCAAGUAGUUUCGUUGCGAAACCUGCUAUCAGAGCUAGUGAAGUAUUUUACUCAGGCUGAAGAUGAGCUGAACAAUACGUUAGUGGACAGCUUGGUUAAGCGCAGUAACGACAGUUUCACAUUGGAGCAGCUUGAAGAAGAACUCAACCUGGAUGUAUCUAGUGGAGGCACCACAAACUCGAGCAGAAUCUUGGACAGUUUGUCUAAUAAAACCCGCGUUCAUUUGGCGCCUAAUUUCAGCGAUUUGAUCAACAUGAUUGAUUACCAACAAGAUGACGAUUCAGUUGAUAUAGCAGUGGAUUUAAAGAAUGAGCUGGGCAUGUGUUUGGAGAAGUUGAAACACGAAGCCAAUGCAGUUUUGGCUUUAAGCUCCCGUCCCAAAGAGGCCAGCAACAUACAUUCUCCCCAGGGAGACGAGCAGUUUUUGAUCGAGAGAUUCAAACAAGAUCUAAUCAACUCCAAUCAAAUAGUGGCUUCUCUUGAAAAGGAGAAGGAGUUUUUGGAAGUUAGAGUUGAUGAGUUGGUGGAAAAAGUACAGAUCUUGGAUAACGAUUUGGAGCAGGCCAAGUACCAAAUCGCGGAACUGAUUGAAAAUAGGCACGUGGAAGUAAUAUCAGAAGGUUUCGGUGAGAGGGACAACCCUGUAAUGCCGGGAUUGGAAGAUACCACUAGGGCUUUAUGUGAUCUUCAGGAGAAGGCCAGAUCAUUGACAACACAUUCACGGGCCACUCUAGAUCCAAAUGCACUUCAACUGAUCGAAGAACUGUGCCGUGUCGGAGAGAAGAUAAAAGAGGAGUCGAAAAAAGAAUUUAGAGAUUUGCUUCAGCAGAUUGAGGCAGCAGAUAAAAAAUACAAGGCAACGCAAAAGUUCCUGGAAGAACAGGCGGUGGAACGAGAGCAGGAAAGGGAUGAAGCUCAGAAGCAAAUCGAUUCACUUUACGAGCAGCUGAAAGAUCGAGAAAAGGAUAAAGCCAAUUGCCAAAUAAUGUCUGCAGAGCAUCAUGUGAAGUCUUGCCGUAGCAAGCUUGAAGUAGACGCUUAUCAGGCUGAACAGUUGGAGCAACAGAUCCAAGAGCUCAACAGCUGCCUGCAAGAUCAGCAGCAUAAAUACAAAGAGCUGGAAGGCGAACGUGAUGAGGCCGUGGAGAAGAUAACGAUUCUUCGCGACAUAAUCAAGGAUUUAGAGCAGCUGAGCGAUUCGAAAGAUCGAGAAAUUGAAGAACAUUUGCACUACUUGCAGAAACUAGAAUGUAUUGUCAAUCAGCAAAACGAGUCAUUGAACGAAUAUAAAUUGUUCACUGCCGGAGGGAAUGUUUCAGAUAUUCAGAAUCUGCGGCAGCACUGUGAAGAACUGGAGGAAGAGGUUCAAAAGUUGAGGAUCGGAGCGGAGCUGGCAGGCAGCGAGGGCGAAUUGAGGCAGAUAAAAAUUCAGUUGUUUGAAAUCGAGGUCAGUCUGGACAAGAAAACUAAGGAACUAGAGCUACUUCACUCGUCUGGAACCACGAGCUGUAGCUCACCAUCUGAGGACAUGUCCGUUAGAGAUUUAAUCAGACCCCAAACACCCAACUCUGCAGUAAUGGAUGAAUGCGAAGUGCCUCUGCAGCAAUUAGCCAGAUUAAAGGAAAAGCUACUCAGGCAUUCCAGAGCAGAAGAAGCCGCAAUCAAACGAAUGCAUGAUAUGGACAUGCAAAUUACUAGUCUUAAAAAUGAGAACGACGAAGCCAAUAAUGAAAAGGAGUUUAUGAAAAGGCAAAUCCACGAGCAGCUGGUGCUCAUCAGCGACUUCCAAAUUCGAUUAGACCAGCAGAGAAUCAAGGCGGAACAUAUCGAAAAGCAAACCAAUACUUCGUUGGAAAUCAAAAUCUAUGACCUGCAAAAUGAAAUACUUGACCUGCAGGAGAAAAUACAAAGCAAAGACAAAACACUGCAUCUUCAGGAGCAAAUCAUCAAGGAAACUCAGCAGCGGCUUCAAGUAGCUGAAACGGAAAUAGCUUCAGAAAAAUCCGACGAAAUUGUCGUUGAAAUGCAGAAAGAGCUAGAAGCGCUUCGACGAGAGAAUCGCAUGCUGAAAGAAAAAUCAACAGACAACCAGAUGUUACCAAACCUGGUAGAAAAUAUAAUACAGGAUAAAAACAGUGAAAUUGAGAAACUGAGGGACAAGCAGGUGGAAACUGAGCGGUUGUUGUUUAGCUAUACCUCCUUAAACUUGAACUCCAACGACCUGAAAACUCUGGCAAACUUGAAAAAUGCUGGCGGCUCUAUAGAGCAGCUAAUUUCCAUUUUAGAUCUAAGCCAACCGAUCGAUCAAGUCCGACGUUGCGCCAGCAAUAAAACGGACGAUUUUAGGGAUCUCGAUCACAUCUCUAUGAAAACCACCGAGGAGACCAGUUUGUUAGAGAGCUGUUUGGAGCCUGAAAUUUCAUCAAUUCAAAGAAUCGCGCCGUCGAAAUUCAACCGCACUCUAUCUGCGUUAGGAAAGUCAAACUCUACGCAGCUUAACCAGCGAUCAGCAGAAAAGAGAGUGCAUUUCAAAGACCCUCAAAGCAGUAGCGAUUUAAUUCAGCAAAUCGAGGAGCUGAAAGCGGAACUGGCUGAUAAAAACAAAAUGAUUCUGGAAUUGGACGCAAAGUUGCGAAUAUUAGAUGAGUUCGAGAACAAAAUCACCCUGCUCCAGGGCCGGUUGGAUGAGACCGAACAAGCACUAACCAGUGCCACUGCGACUUUCGAAAAAGAACAGCAGGAUGCAAAGGACAAAGAACAAUUACUGGGAGUACAGCUGGCUGAAAAGAAAAUGCAUUUGUCCGAAAAGGAAAAAGAAGUGCAAGCGCUCAAAGAAGAUUCGGUCAGAAAAGAUGAAAUGUAUUUAAACCUAGCCAAAGAGAAGCGGGAUUUAGAGCUCUACAUGCAAAGUUAUGAAACCGACAGCUUAUCCAACUUAAAUAAAGCUCUAGACGAGAAGAAUUCAAUUAUCGACAAGCUUCAAAUGAGCCUAAAGCAAUUACAGGCAGAAUUUUUACAAUUGGACCAUUUGAACAAGCAAAUAGGUUUGCUUCAGCAGGAAGUGGCGGCACUUCAAACAGUCAAGCUAAGUUUAGAAGAAAAUCGGGCUGCCGCCGCUGAAGAAAUAACGAAGUUAAAAAAAACUAUUGCCGAUAAGAAUGUUUUCAUCGACAAUAUGUCGCAUGAGUUGGAAAGUCAUCAGCAAAAAAUUGAAGCAAAAGAAACGGAUUUGCAAAACAUGAAGCAGAGUUUAAGCGAUCGCGAAAAAUCUAUUGCGGAUUUGCAAGAAAAAGCGCAAAAAUGUGACGCUCUCAUUGUGGAUAAACAAUGUGACUUGGAUAUACUGAACGAGGAUUUGAAGUAUUAUCAAAACCGAGCAAUCGAGUUGGAGAAUAAUCUGAAGGCUUUGGAGACUCCGGUGCCAAAAAAAAGUCUACAAGAGGACCAAUUGAAAAUUUCUGAGCUAACCAAAGAAGUUGCGCACCUUGAGGAGCUAAUGCGCGAAAAAGACACCAUAAUUAAUCAGAUGACCGAAGACCAUAAGCAAGUUCAUAUGAACAUUAAAGCUAUUGACAAUAAAAUCAAAGAAACUGGAAAUAUUUUUGAUCUGUCUAAUCGGUUGAAAAACGAACAGAAAAAGAAUGCUGAUUUGUUCAUCGAAAUACACAAGCUGAAAGCCGUUUUGUACAAUUAUCAAAUAGCAAACAAUACGCCAGUAGAAGAAAUCACUGGCCAACUCAAAAGGGAAUUGGAAUGUGCAGCAGAGUUAGACUCCCACAUUUUAACCGCUGUGAGUGAUCAGAGUCUUAGUUCAAUUUCCGAAGGACAAGACGCUGAAGUGCAUAUGAAGUCUCUCACUCGGCAAAAAAAUCAAAACAAACAGCUYUUGCGGACCAAUGAUUUGCUGGAGAAACAGAAACUGUCGUUGCAACAACAAUGUAACAACCUCCAGCAAACGCUGAAUGAGAUGCAAAACGCCAUAGAAAAAGAAAAAAUGGCCAACAAACUGACUAUGAUAGAGGACUCCAAAUUGAUGGAACAGCUGCGAAUAAAGUUAGAAUACGCCUUAAACUAUCAAGAGCAAUUAGAAAAACUGUUGAAUGAAGAAAGAGUUUGCAGAAGAAAGGUUGAGAUUCAAUGUGAGGAAUUGAAGAAGCCGUCUAGCAGUUCGGAGUCGACCAAAUAUAAUUCGCUUCCCACGCAAGAUGCCCGUGAAUUGUCGCAUCUUAAAAAGGAGCUUAAAACCGUAAAAGAAAAAAUGACUCAAUUGUUGAUGGAAAAUAAAUCGUUGGAUCAAAGCAAUAACGAAUUGAAAAGUAGCGUCAAAUACACCAAGGAAAUGCUGGAACUGGAAACGGAGCGAAAUAGAGCGCAAGAGGAGAAAUUCAGGAUACUUCAAGACAAAGAGCGACAUUUAUCUGAAGAACUGCUUCGGAAGAAAUUUGAAAUGGAAUUGAAGGAGCGUGAAGUUGAAGAGAGUAAAAUCAAAAUGGAUGAAUUGGAGCAAGAAAAAACACUGCUCAAGAAACAGAAAGCUGAAAUUUUGAAAACGUUAAAAGAGCAAGCUGCUGCAGCUAUCGCUCCCAUGGAAAGUACCGUGCCUGAGACUUUGGGAAAUCUGAUCAAAGAGCUGAAGGACAAAUCAGAUGAAAACAAACAACGAUUGGAAUACAUAGAACAGAUCGAACGGGAAAAGAAACUUCUUGAAAACCAGUUACGAACUGAAAUGAUAAAUAGUGUGAACGGUAACAUGCCGUUUGCUGAUUUGGUGGCAAGGUGUAACUAUUUAUUCGCCAAAAGUCUGAAACUAGAAAGCGUGAAGAAGGCCUUAAUAUGGCAGAAAAGGUACUUGGUAGAUUUUUUGCAAAGUCACCAGAGGCAUUGCCUAAUUGAAGUGUUGCCCAAUCAGCCCCAUGAAAACUACUGCUUGCGACGCAGGCAUUCUCCCAUACAACAUUUCAGAGCGGCAGUAUAUACAGUGAUUUCGAUACAACGGAUGCAAUUUCUGGUGCGGCGCUGGCAUACUGGUAUGAGGAAAUACGAGAAAAUCAACGCUCGCCAUUAUCAACGAUCCAAAGAGCGAUUUUUGCAGGAAAAUCCUGGAACAACCGCAAACUUUCAAGUGGGCCAGCCUGUGUCCAACCAGUAUUUCCCACAUAGUCCUUAUCAAGCGAACAGUAACAAUCCAUUCCGACAGAAUGCAGCUCAAAUGUUCGACGCGUCCAGGCCAGUUUCACCAGCUAUAAGUGCCACAUCUGCAGGAAGGGAUGUGGCUUGGUCAGGUAACACACCACCUUCCAAAGAUAACCCAAGGAACCAGAAUACUGGAAUACAGUCAGAAGCUAGUAGGGAAACAUUUGCGCCCCUUCGAGCGCCCCACCUUUUAUCGCAACUGCACGAACGAGUGGAGCAGAUCCAAGAGAAACUUAGUUUGCCAUUUUCUGCAGAUCUUACCUAGAUCUUGUAACGAAUUUGUCGUGCAAACGACCAUGUUCUGGUCAUUUUGCUGCGAAAAUGUCAGGGUGCAAUUCUGCAAACUGAAUGUGAUGAAAAAGGCUGCAGACAAAGGCUCUAGAUUAAGAUAUUUGACUCUUUCAUUGUUAACAAUGGGGCAUUUUGUAAGUCUCUAUAGAAGAGCUGAUUGAUUUGUUAUUUGCCCUCAUCCUAUCUGUGCCAUUCAAACUGAGCUUAACCAAAAUAUGAAUUAGUGAACAUCUGAUGCCUAAAUCGCUCUUUAAGAAGACACAAAUCAUAAGGCUAACAUGACAAAGUUAGGACUAAUUAUUGCAUUUUUGAUGACCUGAACUAGACCUGCAGGUGUUGGCUUACAAUGUUCUGUCAAUAUGUACAUAUUGUUUAAGUUUAGUAUUUUUUCACUUGCCAAAAAUGGCCAAUAUCUUAUGGUUUUCCUGUUUUAAGUUGUUUUUGCGCAAUAAACAUGCCGUUUUAUUUUGGAUGUCGUUUCUCACUCCCUAAACGUACUUAAAGUACACUUAUUCAAGUACAUUUUUAGAAUGUAGUCAGAUAAAAUUUGCCUUAUCGCUCGAGUGGUGUGAUUGAUAAUUUAUUGAAACUAUUAUUUGAUAUUCCUUUAUAAGUCCACCAGGAUGGGAUUCUGUAGUGCUUUGAUUGUAAUGUUUAUGGCAUCCUUUGGUGUUGUUCUGACUGUUGAAUAUUGCACUUUGUGCGCAUUUGAUUCCUGCAUAGAAUCACACGCUUGCCUUGAUGAGGAUCUUCUCAACGCCACUGGAUGCAUUUCAUUUUGGAUCAGCUACAACGGAAAUUUAAAUUUAUCGUACGCCGGCUGUUGGGAACCGAGUUUUGGAUCUUGCGAGGAACUGAUUGAGUACGAAAAACUGCAAGGAUUUGAUGCUGUAUGUUCGAUUUGUUACAAUGAUAAUUGCAAUGUUGGGGUGAAGUUUUAACUUUUUUAAUAACAGGCCGAAACAACCUUUAUUAAUUAAUUGUGCAACAUCAUUCAUAUUGUGUAAUUAUUAGAGUUGAUUUUGAGAAAAUCUUGCGACUGUUGUUUUUCAAUUAUUUUAUUGCCAUUUUUAUUAUUAUAGUAUCACUGAGAAUAGUCGGUCGCAUCUGAACAAAAAGUUAGUGCGCCUAAAAACAGGUUGGGAUUUGACGCAGUUUUCUUACUGGCCCGUUACAUUUUAGUCAUUAUUUCCAAACUAUGGGUUGAAAAGUUGUAUUGAAGUUGAAAAUUAGAUUCAGUCUUAACAACGUGUGAGGAAAUUCCGGCAGUUUUGACCCAGAAAGCGAAAUUUGAAUCAGACAUUUACCUGCAAGUAUAUUCAGUCGUAUAGUCGCAAAAUUUAGUAACAAAUCACUAACUAACUAUGUUUAGGAAAUAUGUAACACUGUAGUUUUAAUAUAAAGUCUCAAAAGCA